AUGACUGCUUUAAACCAACUAGUAGAAUGGAUCGAAGCACAAGAGAAGAGGGGCGAAACAAACCGAACUGAGCACCAAGUUGCCUGGAAAGCACCACCAGAAGGAAAGAUAAAAAUCAAUGUUGAUGCAGGCUGGACGGGAACCAAUUCAACUGGCUUUGGCUUUGUGGCCAGAUCACACACUGGUGCACUUCUAGCCGCAGGCACUCUGUUCCAAGAACACAGAUUAGAGCCUCUCACAGCAGAAGCCUUAGCACUACGAUGGAGCAUGCAACAAGCAUCUGAACUAGGAAUGGAUAGUGUGCUCUUUGAAUCAGAUUCUCUUUCUGUCAUCAAAUCCCUGAGAGCUGAAUCAAAUUAUUGGACUAUCCAAGACAUCACCCUAGACUGCCUUCACCUAGCUGAUAAUUUCCUUUCCUGUUCUUUUUCUCAUGUAACCCGCAAGGCAAAUGUACCCGCUCAUAUUUUAGCCUCUCUGGCUUGUAAGUAUCAAAAUCGGCUUUGGUGGGAUGCCCCCCCAGCUGAAAUUGAUCACUCCCUGUUUGCAGACGCUGCUUUUUCUUAA